AGGGAAGAGCGGGUGGAAGAUGGCGGAGGGCGGCGGCGGCGGCGGAGCUGAGCCGUGCGAUCGCGAGAAGGGGUCUGCCGGCCCGCGGCCCCCCAGCGUGCGGGAUCUGCAGGUGCGGCGAGCAGCCGAGGCGGGGGGCGCCGCGCGCAGGGCGCUGGCGGGCUCGCCCCGGCCGGAAUGUUGGCCUUGGCAGAAUUAUAUGAAGAUGACAUGAAACGUAAAGCUUCCAAAUCUGAGCGACCUCAAACGUCAGUCUUCAAAAGCCCAAGAACACCUCACAGGUUCUUUUCAAGUGAACACGAAUACAGUGGAUCACAUAAAGUUCGACCCUCAACUGGGAAUAUUGUAAAUGAACUUUUCAAAGAGGCAAAAGAACAUGGUGCUGUUCCUCUGAGUGAAGCCACAAAAGGUGAUGACGGUUCUAAGUCAUUUUCAGGUGGAGGUUACAGAUUGGGCAACUCCUUUUGUAAGAGGUCUGAAUAUAUCUAUGGCGAAAAUCAGCUGCAAGAUGUUCAGAUUUUGCUUAAACUCUGGAGCAAUGGUUUCAGUUUAGAUGAUGGAGAAUUGAGACCUUACAAUGACCCAACUAAUGCUCAAUUUCUGGAAUCUAUUAAAAAAGGAGAGAUUCCCCUGGAACUUCAACGACUGGUUCAUGGUGGCCAAGUAAAUUUGGAUAUGGAAGAUCAUCAAGAUCAAGAAUACGUAAAACCUAGAUUGAGAUUCAAGGCUUUUAGUGGAGAAGGACAAAAACUUGGAAGCCUUACACCUGAAAUCAUAAGUACACCUUCCUCCCCUGAAGAAGAAGACAAGUCAAUACUUAAUGCAGUUGUUCUUAUUGAUGAUUCAGUGCCAACAACAAAAAUUCAAAUCAGGUUAGCCGAUGGGAGUCGUCUGAUACAAAGAUUCAACAUUACACACAGGGUCCUGGAUGUUCGAGAGUUUAUUGUACGGUCCCGUCCUGAAUUUGCCACUCUCGACUUUAUUCUUGGGACUUCCUUUCCGAACAGAGAGCUCACAGAUGAAAACCUGACGCUACAAGAAGCGGAUAUUCUUAACACUGUGAUUCUCCAGCAACUUAAAUGAUAUUGUUCCUAUCAUGCACUAGCAUACAGGAAGGAUAUUGUGCCAUAUGAAUAAGGAAAAUUUAUAACACAAAAACAUUAUUUUUAUUAAUUAUACAGAUUUUUCUUUCUUGUUCUUUUAUCCAACCUUGGUAUUGAUGAGUUUGGAUUGGGAAUACAUUUUAAGAUAUAUAUAUAUAUAUAUAUGUAUGUUUUCAGUUGCAAGACCAGUUUUGGUUGAUAACUUUUAAAGCAAAACCAGCAUUUUUCAUACUGGUAUUAAUUUAGUAAUAUCUGUUUGCAGGCAAAAUUACCAAGACCCCAUUUGAUAAAUAUGCUUGGUAAAAUUUUAAUAAAGUUUCUUGAGGCUGCAUUGGAGCAGCCAUUAAGAAGUAUUCUUAUGAUGAGCUGGGGAGAUAAUUCAAAGUGCUAGUUCUCAUGCUUUGUAUAAAGAGGACUGGGUUGAUUCCUGGUUCCAGAUGGCCUUCCAAGUACCCCAGGAAGCAAACCCAGAAAGCAGUGCACCAGAAAUAACAACCCCCAUUGGGUGUGGUUCCUUGCCCCCCCAAAAAGAAAAAAAAAAACUUAUGUUGGAACUAUUUGAAUUUUUUUCUGUCAUUUAUACCAAAAAGUAUAUCAUGAUUUUGAAAUACUUUGGUUAUAUAAAAAUUGCUUUCCUAUUAAGAUAUAUAUUUUCGAUAACUGGGUUAGCUGAAAUAUUAGUUUUUUAAAAAUAAUUUGGCCUUGUAUUUUAGAGAACUGUAACCAGCAUGAACUAGAAGCAAACAUAUAAAAGAUAGCAGUACUUAAUAAGAAUUGGAAAGUGGUACCUUAAUAUAGAAUAAUUACACUUCCUCCCAGAACCUGCCUUGGUCACAUUCAUUUAUUCAUCCAACACAUUUCCCUAGAGGACUUAAUAUGUGUGCAAAAUAGUGUUCUGAGUAUUCAACCCAGAAUACAUUCUACUCCAGGACAAAGCUAGUAUAGAAAUACAGGAUCAUAGGUUCUGUCAGGUAGACUUGUCCUAAAGAAUUAGCAGCAUAAGUGUUUGCAUUCCUGCUGGAGCCGAGUGUUUCCUGACUGAUAGAAAAGUCUGUUCUUUUCCCCAUAGUUAAAAUUUCAUUUUAGCUACUAUGCCUGGUUAGUUGUGUUUCUGCUGUAACGCAUCAGUACAGAUUUAAUGAUUUAAAAUAAUAGUACAGAUUUGAUACUAUAAUUGUGUAGGGUAAACAAACAUUCAAAUUGGGAAAAAACUCUGGUUGUUUUUAGGAGGUUUAGGGAAAAACCAUUUCUUUGCUUCUCUGAUAUCUUUUCUUGACCUCGCCUCUCACCCCCCAACCCACUACCCCCACCCAUUUCCUUCUUCAAAGCCGUCCACAUUGCUUUGGCUGACCCUUCUGUCUCAUCACAUCUCUGACAACAGUCAAGAAAACGUCUCUGCUUUGAAAGACUGUGUGAUUAGAUUGAGACCUCCAUAUAAUUCAGGAUUAUCUUUGAGGUUCAUAGUGAUGGCAACCACAUCUUUUAAGUCCCUUUUGUCCUGUAAAGUAACGUAUCACAGCUUCCUUCUGGGAGCUCCAGGGGAGAAUUUGUUCUUUGGUGGAAGAUACUCCUGUCCUUUCACUUGGGUUGAUGACAAUGGUCUCCAUCUCUGUCCUUAUGGCUUCACAGCCAACUCUGAUUCUCUUGCUUUUUUCAUACAAAGAUUCUUGUGAGUUCAUUUGGCCUAUCUAGAAUAUCCAUCAAGGAUAAUCUCAUACUUUAUCACACUUCAAAAAUCCUUUUUACCAUCUCAUAUAGCAAAUUCAUAAAUUUGGGGUUUAGAACUUGAAUGUUUUAGAGGGCCAUUUUAUCUUUCCCAGCUGCCCUCCUCCCCCACCCCCCAUCCUCCCUAAAGAUUUAUAACAGCCCCAAAUAAAGUCAAACACUCCAGAGUUAUUUUGAAGUUUCAGCCCAUUUUAGCAUUAAUUUAGUUAGACUAGCUCAGACGUUUCAAAUCUCAAACCAGCUAAAUGUAAGAGAAGACUUAGAUAUGGUUCCUAGGAUACAGUCCUCCAUUUGUGUAUCUGUAAGCCUAGAAAGUUAUUUGCUCACAAAUGUAAUUAUAGUAGCACUGUCGUCCCUUUGUUCAUUGAUUUGCUCAAGCAGGCACCAGUAACAUCUCCAUUGUGAAACUUGUUAAUGUUUUUGGCGUAUCGAAUAUGCCACAGGUAGCUUGCCAGGAUCUGCAGUGAUAGCACAGCAUGUAGGGCGUUUGCCGACCCAGGUUCAGUUCCUCCAUCCCUCUCUGAGAACCCGACAAGCUACAGUAUCUCGCCCACACAGGAAUAGUACAAUAGUUAAAAUUACUCCUGCUGUAUAAAGAAUAUUGAGCCAUCAUUUUUUUCUUUAGCCAGGUAAACUACAUUUAGCUACCAAAGCUAACUCAUGGCUCUGAGUUCCAUCCUUUAAGAUUGUGACUUCCUCUCUGAGUUCUUUUGGAAGGAAGCAGAUAUUUGAACUUGAGUAGGUUUUUCUGUUUGUUUUUUCUCUUUUUUUUUUUUUUUUUUUUUUUUUUGCUUUUUGGGUCACACCCAGUGGUGCACAGGGCUUACUCCUGGAAGUGCUCAGGGGACCAUAUGGGAUGCUUGGAAUCAAACCCAAGUCAGCCGCAUGCAAGGCAAAUGCCCUAUCCGCUGUACUAUCACUCCAGUCCCAGAAGUUAAGUGGUUUUGACAGCUCUUUCUUGCCUAUAGAACUGUAAGAAAUCCAGCUACCUUCUUUGAUAUCAUUUAUUCUCCCUUUCAGUUUAAGAUGGCACUGUCUGUUCAAGAAAUGUGUGUAUCUGGCAGUGACAGAAAUCCACUCCAUCCACUCUGUUGCCCAGAUCUUUCCACAGAUCUUCCUUGAUAAUUCCACCUCUGAUCUGGCUAUUUUCUGGGAUGACUGAACUAUCUCUAAAUCACAUCCUUAAUCUCCCCAAGGAACUUUUGUGUUACUGGUACUCAGACACCCCCGCCCUGCCUUUUUAUAUUUUUAAUCUUUAAUCUUUUCAUCUUUCUCAAGUAUUAGCAAAAUAUUUUACUACUAUACCAUUAUCUUUCCUGACAGUUGAUUCUCUUCAGUUUAAACAUCUCUUGCCAUUUAAGUGGGCUAAGAAAUUCUAUGUUGUCAAUACCUGUUCUUUUUAUAUUUUAUAGUUUUUCUCUCUUUUAUAUCCUCAAACAUUUUACAGUUAUGACAGAAAGCAGUCCAUAGCUUCUACACUACUUAGAAAUCACCAACUACAUAUAUGUUUAUCACAUGCAAUUCUGCUUUUUACAUAAAUGCAGUGCACAAUUUCACUAGACUUUUUGUCAUUAUUAAGUAGAAUCUUUUUCUUCGGUUUCCAAUAGUGUCUUCCCCAUUUCCUCUGAGCCCUCACUGGUAGCACCUUUAAUGUUUUACUCCUACUAAACAUCUGUUCACAAUAUUUUAGAUAUUUUCUAUAUCUAUUUUGAUAUUCUCUGCCACAUUCCAUAUCUCCCUUAACAUCCAUAUAACUACUAGCAGGGUUCAAGGCAGUAUUGGGGCUCUUCUUAUUAUGUGCCUCAGUCCUUCCUACCUCUUCCUACUGCCAACUUCAAGGCUACUUUUGCAUUUUUGAGGUCUUCCUGCUGACUCACUGCCAGUUGACUAGGAUGUGAUCAUAGGGGAUAUGUAAUUCACCUUUGCUCCAGGGCCUCUGGUUAUUUCAAGGUGAAUUUAUCUGUCAGGGAUUUUUACCUAUGAAUAAGUGCUACCAUAACUACCACAGCUUAAAAGUAGUUAUUCUGAGGCUGGAGCGAUAGCAUAGCGGGUAGGGCAUUUGCCUUGCACGCGGCCAACCUGGGUUCGAUUCCCAGCAUCCCGUAUGGUCCCCUGAGCACCGCCAGGAGUAAUUCCUGAGUGCAAAGCCGGGAGUAACCCCUGUGCAUCGCUGGGUGUGACCCAAAAAGCAAAAAAAAAAAAAAAAAAAAGUAGUUAUUCUACCAUCUUGGAACAGCUACAAUGUGGAAAAGGAGUAUUCCUUAUCGCCCCUUAGAAUAGGACACCUUGUUUCUUUCUAUUGUUUGAAACAGGGUAAAGAAUAUAUAGUAUCAAUUCAUAAAAGAAUUACCAGGGACUAAAUUAUAUGUUCACAAAAUGAAACUCUGCCUAGGAAAUACUGUAUUGCAACUAAAGAACAUUAUAAAGGGCACUGCCCUGUUUUGGAUUAACAGAUGGAGGAAAUUAACCAAAUUUAGUAAAAUUAUUUUAAAUGUGUAUUAAUUUGAUAGAGUGCCUGUCAAGGCACACAAAAACUAUGGCCAUUUUUGUAUAUAAUGUCUUCUAGAAUGCAGAGGUUUAUGUUAAAAGAGGCAAACAUCCAGAAGACAGAAACAGUACUUUCACAAUAUAUUUCAUUUGAAAGUGCUACAUUUUCAGUGUUUAACUUUAUUUGGAGUCAUUUUCCUGAGUUUAUUAUUGUAGACUGUAACUUUUACACUUUGUAAACAUCUUUAUAAUGACGUGCCACAGAGACAGUUAUACAACCAUGAAUGAAGUUAGGUGUUUUGCAUGAUGUAUAUAAUCAAAAAGUUUUAUCGUGUGUUUGCCAAUAAAGAAUGUUUUUUACUGAAAC